GACCGCACCGUGAGGGUGGGUGCCGCGGCUGAACAGGCGCCGGGAGCUGACCGGAGGCUGGGGAGGGCCCGGGCGAGCUCUGGGUCGGGGCUCCGCGGAUACUCUUCCCUCCUGCAAGCAGCUCCACCGCGGGCGGGGUCCCGCAUCGCUCCAGGAUGGCCGAGUCGACCUCUGGCGUGGGAGCGACCACAACCGUCACCGAGACGGAGGUGACUGAGCCGGAAAAUCGUAGUCUCACUAUCAAAUUAAGGAAACGAAAACCAUCUAAGAAGGUAGAAUGGUCAAGUGACACAGUGGACAAUGAACACUUGGGACGGAGAUCUUCCAAAUGCUGCUGCAUCUACGAGAAGCCACGGGCCUUUGGUGAGAGCUCAACAGAAAGUGAAGAUGAGGAUGAUGAAGGCUGUGGCAAUGCCCAUUGUAUCCGAGGUCACAAGAAAGGUCUGCAGGGGAAGGCGCAGUCUAAAGCAGGAGAUGCUGGUCCAAAGGAGAACAGCUCCCAGAAGUUGGAGCCACCUGACCAAAACCAUGCAGGGGCCAUGCAGCACUGAACCAUACCUGGCCAUGGGGCAGAGAAGGCGCUCCUCAACUCUCCCCAAAGAAGGACUGACGCUGCCACAACUGAGGCGAGGGAGGAAGGGAAGGAAAGACCUACACAUCCAGCUCUCGGCUGUCUUGUGCUGGUGCUGAUGCUGCCUUGACUGUGGGUAAGGGGGAGGGAGGGGUGGGAGGGCACACACACCCAGCUCCACGCCUGUCUUGUGUCAGUGCUGCUAUUGUCUCUAUCCAUCUGUGGCUGGUGAGUCUGUCUGGUGCCACCCAUCCUCACCCUGCCCAACGAGGAAUGUAUUGACAGGACCUUCUUGGGUACUGUGGCUGAUUUUUUUUCCUGCUUCUUAAUUAAAUAUUUGUUAUCAGUGAUGAAUAUGAUGGGGAAUGGCUCUGCUUUGGGAAGAGCAGUGAUAGAGCUUGAACCAAGACCCUUCUCCUUCCCCUUGUCCUCCUCAUUACCUCUGGUUUCUUCCUUUAUUCCAGGCCCCUUCCCCUUUUCCAACUCUGUAUGAGAAACCUUCCAUCUACCCGGUUAACCUUUGUUUGCAUUCUUCUCGUGCACUGAACCUCCAUUACUUUUGCUAUCAGCUCCACUGCCUCCCCCUUGUAGACUCACUCAUCCAAGGUCACUACUUCUGACAUAAAGCUGCCUUAAAAGUGCAGUCAUCAGGUCUCCCCACUAUCUUAAGCUCUUAGUUCCUGGAAGAGGGUAGGUGUUGAUUCCACCUCAUCAGUGAUAUAUGACAAUCUUCAUUGUCUUCAGAUAUGUCUUCUUAAAAGGACAUUUUCUCCCGUAACUACUUUUUAAAAAAUUACGCUAUAAAAGUCGGUAAACAUUCUUAGUGGUGGGAAUGAAAGGAAUGGAGAGGGUGCAAAGGAUGUGGGAUGGUUGGGAACAUUGUGAGUCUUACUGAUUUGGGGUUGAGAGGAACUUGGAGGACGUAAAAGGAUGAGCGUUUUAUGUUAAGGUACAGUCUGAUGCAUGAACCCAUAAAAAAAGGAAGUUGGGCCCAGUCUGAAAACCCAUGAUUGAUAAAAUCCCCAUGAUCACCUUGCACAGUGAUAUAGAUAACUCAUCCCUGUCUAUUCCAUUCCUUGGGCAGAAGUUCUUAUUGAAUAAGACCUUUCCUGAAAUCACACGGGACUCAACAGGAGCCUGAGGAAUGGGACCAUUUCUUCCAUUGCAUGAUCACUUGAUUGUUCUGGCUACUUGUGGUUUGAUGUUGGAGAAGAGACAAUUGUACAUUCUCAAAAUCUUUCUUUAGCCUCCAUGUGCAUAUUUUAGCAUCCUGCUGAUUAAAAAAUUACAUUCAACAAGAAAUGUUCACAGUAGCGUAACAUUUGGACAGGUAAGCAGACUUAAGCCCAGUUUAGCAAGCCUUACAAGAGCUACGUUUCUCAACAGUCUUGAUGACUGAGGAACAACUCUUUUCAGAGUUAUUAAAGUUGGAGGCGCAUGAUCAUUCUCAAUGGAAGCCUUUAAAAUAUGAAACCAAGGGACACAGUCUUGCCCUUGGUGACGCCUAGCCCUGUGAGUUGUUGCAUCACUUAUUGGGCUCUUGCUUAGGGAGAAGUCUGUGCAGAAGGGUUUGGGUUUCAGAGAAGCCUAUUGUAUUUAUUUUGUUUUCUUGCUAAACAAAAUUUGGAUUACAAAAUAACAGAAGAAGGCUGGACCUCCUGGCACUUUGUGAUAAGCUUCAUACUUAGCCACUAUUUUUAGUCAAGUUGUAUAGCACAAUUUGGUAAAAAUUAAGAGUGGUUGAUUUAGCUUGUGGACUUCAUUAUGUGGUCUUUGCCUUUUUUUUUUUU